AAGAGUUUUGUAGUUAUGCGAAGUAGUAUUUGACCCUGUCGGCAGUAUUGGUGGAGAGUAUUUACGGAAAUUUGUGACAUAAAUACUACAUACUUAAAUAAAAAAAGAAAUAUUACUAGAACCAAAAAGUAAAUAAAUAAAAAAAAUGGAUAUAAAAACUACGCCACCACCCUCAUUAAUCAACAGCCGUUCCACCGCAACGCCACCAGUCAAAAACAGCGCCACGUCAUCAGCACCCGCCUCGCCUGUUGCCACCUCUACGGGCGCCGUGAUGAACAGUGUCAGCGCUCUUAGCGGCAUCUCCAGCAUGCAAAAGCAGACAUUUCAAAAUAUUUUCGAGAAACUUGUUUCCAAUAAUGGCGAGGGUGGCAAAUUUCCGCCGAAACAACUGGAAAAUAUUCGUCAUUUGUUGGAAAAUGUGCGCGAUUCAAAGCAUCUGCAGCUGAUUGUGGAAAAGUUCAAGAAUUUGGAGCAAUUCGAUCAGAAUUUUUUGAGCGGUAGCAAUAAUAACUCGGUCAUUUCAGAAGACGCCGAUAUCAACUUAAAGGAUACCUCCCGCAAAUUCGGCACAGGCGGUCAAACUCUUACCCCUCGACAUACUAUUGAUGCCAUUUUGGGUCUAAAGAAUCGCAAUGAAGGCGGUGAAGCCAACGAUGACGCCACCGAUCUCCGUUGCAACAUGUCCCUGGCGCAUCUGCGCAAUAUGGAUAAUCACAUGGCAUCAAUGCUGCAGCAGUCAACACACCACAAGCAUGUCACAUUCCCCAAUAUGCAGUCGCCACCAGGCGCACAUCAUCAUCAAAAUGCUGUUGGCUUGCAUCUAGGUACGCCCCCACCGCCGCCUCAACACUCUGCGUCGCAUCAUCCGCACCAAGCACUCAACUAUCACAAUGCCUUGAUGAGCUUUCCACAUCAAAAUAUCACUUCUAGUGGUGGCGGCGGUGGCGCCAAUAGUCAUUUAAACUACCCGCCACUGGAGUCCGGCAGCACCGAUUCGGGCAGCACACGCACCAGUCCGUCCAUGAGUAGCGGUGAUUAUCUCAAUUCGAUGCAUCAGAUGGUCGAGGCGAGUCAUCUGCAAGCAGCGCUGCAACACCAUCCGUCACACCCGCAUCAUCAACCAUCAACGGGACCGCCUCCGCCGCCACAUUACAGUCACCAACAGCAUUUGGCCGCUUUGGCAGCACACGCUCAAGCGCAGUCGCAGUCGCAACAGGAACAGAAAUUUGCUAAAUCAUCGUCGUCACCAACGACAUUUGCCAAUCAGUCAUACUUUAGUCUCGCCAAUGGCUCCGGCGCACUUUGCAGUGGAGGUGCUGUUGCCGGCACGGCUAUUGGUAGCAAUCACGCCAACCUGCUUGAUUACGAUGAGCACUCAAUGUCUUCAAUUUCGGCGAGUGGCGAGAUCGAUGCGGGCGAUGAUGAGGAUAUGAAGGACGGGCAAGGCGACAUAU